UGCUCUCAGGCCAUCAUGGCGUCUCCCAGUGGGAAGGGAGCCCGGGCGCCGGAGGCUCCUGGCUGCGGGUCUCGGCAGCUCGCCCGGGACUUAGAAGACUCCGUGGACGACGCGGAGGGGCUGUACGUGGCGGUCGAGCGGUGUCCGCUGUGCAACACCACCCGCCGGCGGCUGACCUGCGCGAAGUGUGUCCAGAACGGCGAUUUCGUCUACUUCGACGGCCGCGACCAUGAAAGGUUUAGUGACAAGAAGGAAAGGUUAAGCCGACUUAAGAGCAAGCAAGAAGAAUUUCAAAAAGACGUAUUAAAGGCUAUGGAAGGAAAAUGGAUAACAGAUCAGUUGAGGUGGAAAAUAAUGUCCUGCAAGAUGAGGAUUGAACAGCUGAAACAAACAAUAUGUAAAGGAAAUGAAGAAAUGAAGAAAAAUUCUGAAGGCCUUCUCAAAACCAAGGAAAAGAACCAGAAACUUUACAGUCGAGCACAACGGCAUCAAGAGAAAAAAGAGAAGAUUCAGAGGCACAAUCGUAGACUUGGUGACCUGGUAGAGAAAAAAACCAUUGACUUAAGAAGUCAUUAUGAGCGUCUAGCAAAUCUUCGGCGAUCUCAUAUAUUAGAGCUCACCUCUGUCAUUUUUCCAAUCGAGGAAGUAAAGACUGGUGUGAGAGAUCCCGCAGAUGCGUCUUCAGAGGGUGACAGUGCCAUGACCUCCAGCACCGUGAGCGAGCUUGCUGAAGCUCGCAGGACGACUUACCUCUCGGGGAGAUGGGUCUGUGAUGAUCACAAUGGCGAUACCAGCAUUAGCAUUACAGGGCCUUGGAUUAGCCUCCCUAACAAUGGGGACUACUCCGCCUAUUACAAUUGGGUGGAAGAGAAGAAAACGACACAGGGGCCUGACAUGGAGCAUAAUAACCCUGCGUACACAAUCAGUGCUGCAUUGUGCUAUGCGACUCAGUUGGUCAACAUUUUGUCUCAUAUACUUGACGUAAAUCUUCCCAAAAAACUGUGCAACAGUGAAUUUUGUGAGGAAAAUCUCAGCAGACAGAAAUUUACUCGAGCAGUGAAGAAAUUGAAUGCAAAUAUCCUUUACCUUUGCUUUUCUCAGCAUGUAAAUUUAGAUCAAUUACAACCACUGCAUACUCUCAGGAAUCUAAUGUACCUGGUCAGUCCGAACUCUGAACACCUCGGCAGGUCGGGGCCGUUUGAAGUGCGAGCAGACCUUGAGGAGUCCAUGGAAUUUGUGGAUCCUGGAGUCGCUGGAGAAUCAGAUGAGAGCGGAGAUGAGCACAUAAGUGAUGAGGAGACUGACCUGGGCAUGGACUGGGAGAACCUGCCAAGCCCCCGGUUUUGUGACAUCCCUUCCCAGCCCGUGGAAGUCUCUCAGAGCCAGAGCACCCAGGCGUCCCCACCCAUCGCAAGCAGCAGUGCGGGUGGAAUGAUCUCCUCCGCGGCAGCCUCAGUGACCUCCUGGUUUAAAGCUUACACUGGACACCGCUAACGAGCGUGGACAAAAACAUGCCAAAUUUGCAUCAAGAAAGUUCUCCCACUACACGCUAGUAAACCUUAGGUGUUUAGUUAAGAGAGUGCCUGGAACAAAAAAAGUUAAACUUUUCUUUUUUUUUUAUUUAAAGGCAGGGAGACAAACAUUUCUGUUUGCCAGAUAUGACGGACAUGUUGUAAAAUGGGUCUAUGCUUAUGAUAAUAAGACAGAGGGUCAGAGGUCCUUCUGCCCAAACCAGUGUUGGUGGAAGAAGGAACUGCACAUGGGGCCGGUUCCUGAUUUUGUUGAGGAAGCAGUUCAUCUGGGCUCCCUCUGAUCACUGACCACAGGACCCACAGACUCCACCGAGAUGGCUUCAUGGUUGACCUUUGUGUUGCUGAGACUGUUCUCGAACACUUUAAGUUUUAGAAGUUGAAUCACAAGGAAGUGAUUCUGUUUUUUUAAAUUGUUCUACAGAGCACGUUCUUUUCUGGUAUUGUUGUUUAUUUUAUAGGCCUGUCUAUUGCUUGGCUGGAAGGUGGUUUCCGGGAGUGGCUGCA